CUUUAUACAUGCGUGCUGUGCCCACGCCGGUGAUAAUACCUUUUUCUUUCGCGAAUUCCCUUUUGAACAAAGACGGAUAUCGGCUACCCAACUCUUCUGACGUCAGGAUUAUGCUCUAUUUGUAAAUGUAUUGAACACCGUCAUUUAUUUAUAUAUGUUAUCCUUUAUUUGAUGGUUACGCGUUUGGAAACGUAGUUGUUAUACCGAAUUCAGUGAGACACAACCAGUAGGCCUAGUAUAUCCAGUAAUAUUCUCGAUUGUACUUGAAAUAUGAAUCAGGAUGCUCUCUUGGAGGGGAUUGACACACUAUAUUAAUUUUCAGCAACACAUUUACAUGAUUUCAACAUCCCGCCUUUACAUGAAGCAAGAUGAGUUGUCCCCGUCUUCUUUUCUUCGUCAAUAACAGUCUCUCUCACCCUUCUCGCUCUAUUGUCGCCGCCCAUCCCGCUCCAACUUUACGCUGCUCUGUCAUGUUACAGAGAUAUCCAGCAGCCUGACUGAUAUACACCGCGCUGGAUGCUUCUUUGUUCACAACGGACACAUGUGACGGUUGCAGCAUACUCAACCGCAAGCUGUAGCAUGGAUAUGUGUGGAACUCCUCAGUCAAGCAGUGUUGCGUCCUUGAUUACCAGUAUUAGGAAGAGACCAGAACUGUCUACUUGAUCUUCCAUGCUACAGCCAGCACUGCACUAAAGCUGCUCACCCUCUUUCGACAGUAAAAGCAAUAAACGUCCGACAUUCUGAGCCAGGGCUCAUCAACUCAUUACUAUGGCCAACCAGGACCCUGCCAACCGGUCCCAUGCCUUGUUUGACCAGUUCGUCCAAGCCCAGACGUGUAAGGAGGUUCAGCGUACCUUCUCAGAACUCUGCCAACACCUGCAAGUGGACCCCAGGCAAUACCAGAGCUUCUACACCAAGCUCAAAGAGAGCCUCAACUACUGGAAGGCCAAGGCCCUUUGGGUGAAGCUAGACAAGCGAGCCCAACACCAAGACUAUCAGCAGGGCAAAAUCUGUGCCCGAAACAAGUGUCUGGUGCUGGGCGCCGGCCCGUGUGGGCUGAGAACCGCCAUAGAGCUGGCUCUUCUGGGGGCUCAGGUGGUGGUCCUGGAGAAGAGGGACUCGUUUGCCCGGAAUAACGUGCUACACCUGUGGCCUUACACCAUCUGCGACCUCCGCGGCCUGGCGGCUAAGAUGUUCUACGGCAGAUUCUGCACCGGGGCUCUGGAUCACGUCAGCAUCCGUCAGCUGCAGCUGAUUCUGCUGAAGGUGGCUCUCCUCCUCGGGGUGGAGGUUCACACUAGGGUGGAAUUCAAAGGCUUUGUGGAACCGACCGGAACCACGGGCUGGAUGGCCACGGUGCUUCCUGACAAUCACCCUGCUGGGAAGUUCCAGUUCGACGUCUUCAUAUCUGCAGGGGGGGGGCGAUAUGUUCCCGACGGCUUCCGGAGGAAGGAGCUGCGGGGAAAGUUGGCCAUCGGCAUCACGUGUAACUUCAUCAACCGUCACACAGCUGAGGAGGCCCAGGUGGCGGAGAUCAGCGGUGUGGCCCGUAUCUACAACCAGAAGUUCUUCAAGGACCUUCAAACAGAGACGGGCAUUGAUCUGGAGAACAUAGUGUACUACAAAGAUGACACGCACUACUUUGUAAUGACAGCCAAGAAGAAGAGUCUGUUAAUGAUGGGGGUCAUUAAAAAGGACUUUGCGGAUGCCGACCAGCUCCUGGCCCAAGCCAACGUGGACCAUGAGGCCUUGCUGCGUUAUGCUCACGGCGCCGCCCACUUCUCCACAGGCCGCCGACUGCCCAACAUGACGUUCGCCAACAAUCACGCCGGCCAGCCCGACGUGGCUAUGUUUGACUUCACCUGCAUGCACCGCUCGGAGAAUGCCUCGCUGGUCAGAGAGAGGAGAGGAAAGAAACUCCUGAUAGGCCUGGUGGGAGACUGCCUGGUGGAGCCGUUCUGGCCUCUGGGAACAGGUAUUGCUCGCGGGUUCCUGGCUGCCUUCGAUGCAGCAUGGAUGGUGAGGAGCUGGGGAAAGGGUAAAGCUCCCUUGGAGGUCCUGGCUGAACGGGAGAGCAUCUACCAGCUGCUGUCCCAGACCACGCCAGAGAACAUCAGUAAGAACUACAGUGCCUUCAGCAUAGACCCAGCAACCCGCUACCAGCACAUCAACCUUAAGUCCAUCAAGACCAAUCAGGUGCAACAACUCUAUGACGUGGAAGACCAUCUUGAUUCCGGUCGACCCACCAAGAAGCAAAAGAACAGGCUUUCUCACCUGCGACAAGACUCGGCUGGGGCGUUUCAGGAGCUGUUGACGUGGUGCCAGCAGAACACGGCAGGGUACGACCGGGUGAACGUGACGGAUCUGAACCAGUCCUGGGCGUCUGGCCUGGCGCUUUGUGCUCUCAUACACACCUUCAGACCCCAUCUCAUUGACAUGUCCUCUCUGAAUGAGUCGGAUGCUGUCUACAAUAACCAGUUGGCCUUCAGCAUCCUGGAGAGGGAGCUGGGAAUUCCUCCAAUCAUGUCAGCCAGUGAGAUGGCUUCCAAGGGACAGAUAGACCAGCUCUCCGUUGUGCUCUACCUGACACAGGUCCAACGUGGCUUCAGCGAAAGGACACCCACUGAAGAACCUCAGGGUCCUCAGUUGACCCCGUCCAAGUCCUUGUCUUUUCAGUCAGCCGUGUUGUUCCUCAACAAGCUCAAGCACAACUCUCUGCAGAGACGCAAGGAGAAACUGGCCGCUAGGAAAGAAGAGAAAGAAGGGGUGAGGAUGGGAGAUGAGGAAGAGCCUGUAGCGCCCCUCUCAACCACCGAGGUGACUUCUAACCCCGAAGCCCACCUGGGUCCUAAACUGAGCCCAACGUCAGGCAUCAGCGGCACUGAGGAGUGUUAUUUUUGUGGCCAGCGGGUCUAUGUUCUGGAGCGGAUCAGUACAGAGGGCAAGUUUUUCCACCGUAGCUGCUUCACCUGCCAGCAGUGUGGGACCACCCUAAGACUGGGAGGAUACACCUUCAGCCAGGAAACUGGGAGGUUCUACUGUGAGCUGCACUCUGAACAACUGGAGCUGGAGAACAGGAAGGAGUCCACAUCCGUGCAGGACUUCGGAGACCACACAGAGAAUAAAAGGGGUGUGAAUGGGAUCUCCUGUGAAGAGCACUCACCAUGUCACUCUGAGGAGGAGGAGGAGGAGGAUGAUGAUGAUGACGACGGUCAGUACUAUCUAGACUCAGGUCCUCCUAAAUCCACAGAUCCUCUGAGACAGGACGACCGCAGCAGCAAACAGUCUGACCAUGUAGAGGAGCCCUCUGUCCAACCACUAUCACCCACAGAUGACCUCACAGCCAAAGGCCUUCAGGUCUGUGUGAAAGAGGAGGAGCGUGUUGAGGAUUCCCCCUCAGACCCCCCCAUACCUGUGCCAAAGCCUCGGCGCUCUCGCUCAUCCUCCCCUCAGGUCUCCCCUCCCGUACCCAAGCCACGGACGGUCGUCCUCACCCCAAAAAAGGAGACAACACCAGCUGAAGUAGUUCAAGCGCAGACCCCAAGCACAGGAGAUAAAAGCGCCCCAACAGCAGACCCUGACUCAAGGCCGAAGCAAUCCCUGAGGAAGCUGAAACUAACGAACGAGGAGAAAAACCAGCUGGUAAACCUGAGCUUCAGUCUGGACUCGGACUCAGAGACACCCGUUUCUUCCUCCUGCUCCUCUUCUUCAGCCACGGUAGCGGGGCCCAGCCCCCCCAAACCCUUAGACGGCCUGGAGGAGGAGGGUUACUGGAGUGGGGGGCCGGGGCCUGCAGGACACAUCCGCGAGCACCGGAACCGUCGCUGCUUCAGGAGGAAGGAUGGGCCGGGGGCGCCCCAGGGGCAGCACGCCAGGGUCCGCUCCAAGUUCUCCCCCUGGAACCUGUCCUCCCCUCGGCUGGGAAGGGACCACCGCUUCAGCAUCCUCAGUAGCCACCCGGAAAUACACUACGAACACAGUGUCUCUGAAGAAGAUGGAGCUGAUGGUGAUGAUGAUGAUGAUGAUGACGACGAGGAUGAGGAUGAAUUGGACAUGCUUGGAGUAGAUGACUUGGAUUUAUUUAACAGUAAGUUCCAGGACAUCCCAUCAGACCCUGUGGAGGCUGAGAAGAUGGAGCUGCUGAAGAUGCGGACUUUGGAGCGCCGGGCCAAGACAUGUGAGAUGCAGCGCUUCCACAGAGCACAGUCCAUACAGAGGCGCCUGGAGGAGAUUGAGGUGACGUUUAAAGAGCUGGAGGAUAAAGGUGUGGUGCUGGAGCAGGUUCUCAGAGGGGAAGAAGGCAGCAGUGGUUCUCCAGAGAUGAUUGACCAGUGGAUCCACCUGGUACACCAGAAGAACGCGCUGGUCUCGGAGGAGUCCGAUCUCAUGGUGGCAUCUCGACAGCUGGAGCUGGAGGACAAACAGAGCAUGCUGGAGAUGGAGCUCCGACAAUACAUGGAGCUAAAUGAUUCUGAGAAGACACCGGAGCAGCAGGCGGAAGAGGAGCGGGUGCUGCAGGAGAUGCUGGAGGUGGUGGACAUGAGGGACUCCCUGGUGGCCUUCCUGGAGGAGAAGAGGCUGAAGGAGAUGGAGAGUGACGAGCAGCAGGCCACCUCACUUUUAGAGGCCAAGAGACAUUCGACAGCCUCUGCGGGGGCACAGGUGCACUGGGCGUGAGAGUGACACGGAUAUUGGACUACACACACACAUCACAAGACCCUAUACACCCCUUGCACAGUCUAAUAAUGAUUACAUUAGGUUUACUACAUAAAAUGUACAUUCUCAGAGUAAAAUAAUUAUUUCCACAGAAAUAAAAUGGAAGAUUUGAUUGUGUUAUGUUAUUACACCGCAAAGGUAAUCAUUGGUGGGAGCACCAAUCACAGUCAUUACCGUGAAAAAUAUUUUGGAAUAAUAUUCUUAGCUUUGGUUUUGUCAAGUUUAGUAAAUUUGGUUAGGAAUUAUUGAUGGACAGCGAUGUUCAAACCCUGUCUCCAAUUUUCUAGCAAAUGUUAGGACGGAGAUUGGUCCACCCAGUAACACUUAACACCUCUUGGAAAGCUGUUCUACUCAGAUUUUGUCCAAAGAAAUUAGCUAGUUGUCCUGCUGACAAACAAUCCCAGGGUUUCCAUUUAACCUUCUAUCUGGGGUUUGGUACUUAAAUUUUUCUUUUGAUCCUGAUAAACUUCUUAGUCCCUACUGAUGACAAGCAUACCCAAAGAACGUGUCUAAUAGUUUAAAAUACAGAGGGUCACUCCUGCCUGGGAUUUGAGGCUAACCUGUUAGUGUAAUUUUUGCGAACAUUUGAAUAGUUUUAUGCAAAAGCAAACUAUAAAAUCACCAAGGUAACUGUGUAAUUAAGGCAAUGUUUGUGGUACUUUUUUGGUAUCAUCCUCAUAAUCUAGCCUUCUUUAGUCCAACAGCUGAUUCAUGCAUGUAUUUGACUGGCUGCUGAAAUUACUUUCCACUGCCUAGCUCCACAAAGUUUGACAAGGAUCAAAUCUCAUAAACCCCCCCCCCCCCCUUUUUUUUUUUUUAAAUGACUGAAUUACAUGUAUUGUGUUACGGUAUCUUACAGUUUGCAGUUUAAUAUAGUUUGCAGUUUUAAUAACGAACUGCCUAUUCAGUAAACAAACUAACUGCUACUUUAUAUGAUGAGCGUUAUUUUACUUCAGAAUCAACAGUUGUAAUCUAUUGGCUUGGUCUUAUUUUUUAUAAUAUUGUCUACAAUGAAUUGAAAACAUUUCUUUACAUUUUCUUGGUAAGAGCACAUAGAUGAAAUUAAGUGACUUGUUAUACGCAGUAUAGAUGGUGUAUAUUGAGUUUCAAGCUUUAGGUUUACAUCUUUCCCUUUGAAGGGAAUGUUGGCAUAAUUUGUGAAUUGUUUUGUGGAGAAAUAUAUUAUUGACUGGCUGGAAAAAUAAUUUGAUGCGUAAUGCAAUCAAGUCAAUCUGCUGAAGUUAGCAUAAGGGCUAAAUAUGCAAGCUUAGGUAAUGGGAAAAGCUAACCCAUUUAGAACAACUUUAAUUGGCUGAUGCUUAAACAUGACCCUUACAUUUUUCUAAUGUAAUGUUUGCCCCCAAUUCUGCAUCGUAACUGCAGGAAAUGUCUAUAAUAUAGUACCAGUAAUAGUGGAAUGGUUUGUUUCACAGUAUCACCUACCUGUCAGUAUUGUGUUUGGCUGUGACAUUAGCCAGUUGGCACUCAGCUCUGGGGAUGAAGGAGUUUGUAAAAAGAGUUCAAUAUUCUGCCGUACAAUUUCUCACAUUCUUAAGUUUUCCUUAUUGCCCCAGUCUCCAUUCUGAUUAGUCUACUUAAAAAAUCUGAAACAUGGUUUGAACAUUGAUGUUUCUCAACCAAAUGUACUAAGUUUGAGCAAUUUAGACAAAACCAAUGGAUGAAUGAUGCCCUAAGAGUUGUGCAAGGGUUGAAAAGGAUUCCAAAUGUCAAUAGUACUUCCAUCAUUUAAUAGCUCUGGUGUUUCAAGACAUAUUUACACAAUAAAUACAUCCUGAUUUUGUAUUUAUAAAUUUGAUAAGCAUUACAAAACUAUUUCACUUUGAAAAUGGGAGUACUUAGUGUAGUAACUGAUUUAUCUUUAAGGAGUGUAUAGAUGCAUUAACUGAAUACAGUAACAUACACACGUAAGCGCAGGGGGACACACACAUACAAACAUCCAUAAAUGUAUUGAAAGAGACUUGCUGCUUAGAGACUCACACCUGUCAUUUUACAUUUGCAAAGCCAAAGAUUGUUGAGCCACAGUGUUCUGACCAACUCCAGAGUUAACAGAGAAACUGGCCUAAAGAUACAAUCUAAGAUGCGUCCAGUGACGACCCCCCCCCCCCCCCCCCAGAUGAUCUCACACCAACCCUGACUGCAGAUGUGCAGACCCAAACCAAGGAGUUGAGAACCCAAUCACAGGUUCUUAAAGGGACAUCUAAUUUAUUUGCGUAUUAGACCUAAUUUACCACACGUUUAGUGCCGUAUCAUCAUCCAGACAGUUUUGUUCUGUGAAACUUCCAUUUUUGAGCUUCUCUGGCUGACUUGAUCACUUGAAUGAGCUAUAAUAGUGGAUGGACUCAACAAUAAAACCACUACAAUGUGCUGUUAAACAUCCCCACAAGAAACUCUACUGCCAUCUCCUGUUUUUGUGGGAUGUACACAAGGCAAUACGGAAACACUUGGGUAUUUACAAAAUUGUGAGAUUUUGGUUGUCAAUGUAAAAAUUUGUGCAAGCUUACUUCCUGUUAUGGACGGGUCGAUUAGUGCAGUUUGAGUUGUACAUGUUCAUGUUCAUACUAAUGGAAAUAGCCUAGUGACAAGACUGGUCACAUUGUGAUGGCUCACACAAAUGACUAUGGCUCAUGAAAGUGACUAAGCCAGCUAAAGGAAUGAAAAUUUGACCCAAAAAAACUCUGGGUGCUGCUACACAUAUAAAUGUAUUUGGGAAGGUCUAAUGUGCCAAACAAAUAACCUGUUAACUUAGGUUGGACUAUUUAUGAUUAUAUUCUGUGGACUGAUUAUGGAUUAAUGUUAAUUUAGUAUUGCAACCCUGAAUGAAUGUGCCAAGCACUGUGUGCAAUUCAAAAUUCUACUACUGUGCAGUAUACUGUAACCUUGACAAAAUUAGAUAUAAUAGAACAUUUGUUGGCAAUUUGAGUGGUCCAUAAAUAUACAAUAUAACUUAAGAUGAAAUUAUUAUUUUAGUUUUAGUUCUUUUUCAUUGUGGAAGCACUUGCUGUGACUCCUGUUAUGGAUUGUGUUGCAUGUUCCAUUGGCAGUUAAUGUUUCUCUCAGGGGUUAACUGUGCAUUCCUCUAGGAAUCAGUGUUGAGUGGAUAUGUUCAUGGUCACUUAAUGGAUGUGUGGUACUAAGAUGGUUUAUUGGUGAAAUAAAUUCAAGUGACAUGGUUUUUUUUUUUUUAUUUGAAGUAUAGCCCAUUAUCAUUUUCAAGUUUUUAUAAAUUGUGUUGAAUAUAGCCAAGUUUAAUAUAAGCCAAACUUUGUUGUGAGUGAGACCAGCCUUAUGUAUCCUCUAGUGUUCAACGCUGCCAUAUUCUGCUGCCGGGACAGUAACGUUGCAGAAUUUCAAAUAAAGAUAAUGCACUUUCA